AUGGCUCCCUCCACACCCUCCAGCCAUCGCCCUCGGAAGAAGAGAAUUGGCGAGCCCAUCACUUCAAAUGGCACCGUGACGACCGAUCCGUCGACCAAACAGGACAAACCCGCCUUCCCGCUCGCCGCCUUCUUCUGGCCAGCCAAAGGCACAGGUCUGUCCCAAUGGAUCCUUCUCCCCAUUAUUCUCAUGAUCGUAUUUCUGUUCAGAUGGACGACCGCGAUGUGGCCUUACUCGGGCAUGCAAAAGCCACCUAUGCAUGGUGAUUUUGAAGCGCAAAGGCAUUGGAUGGAACUCACUAUCCACUUGCCUGUCUCACAUUGGUACUUCCAUAAUCUGGACUGGUGGGGUCUGGACUAUCCGCCGUUGACGGCUUAUCAUUCAUGGGUGCUCGGACAGAUUGGGUGGUUGGUUGAGCCGAACUGGUUUGAGCUUUAUCUGAGUCGUGGGCUGGACGAUGCUGGGUUGAAGGUAUUCAUGCGGGCUACUGUCGUGGUUUCCGAGUACCUCGUCUACGUGCCCGCCGCGGUUUUCUGCGUCCGCCAACUGGCCAAGCUACACAACAUCAACAACUGGGAGUCUUCAAUCGCGCUCACAGCCCUGCUAAUGCAACCUGCCACCCUGAUCGUCGAUCACGGUCACUUCCAGUACAAUACGGUCAUGCUCGGUCUCACACUUGCAACAAUCGCAAGCAUGCUUGCCGGACGACCAUUAUGGAGCUGUGUGUUCUUCGUGGGUGCUCUGGGAUUCAAGCAAAUGGCACUUUUCUAUGCACCAGCAGUCGCGGCAUAUCUGGCUGGCGUUUGCCUAUUCCCAAGAAUACAGCCUCUUCGAUUCUUCGGGCUCGCCAUCGUCACCUUGGCUUCGUUCGCAGUUCUGGUCUUGCCACUAAUACUAGGCACAGCAUACGACGCAUACCGUAAUGUGCCUCUACCAUCAGAUGCUGCUUUGCCACCACUACUGACGAUGAUACCAUUUGACCUGUCAGAGAAAGCCUGGUACUAUCCAUACGUUGUUCAACUCGCGCAGGCUGUCCACCGCAUCUUUCCAUUCUCGCGCGGUCUUUUCGAGGAUAAAGUGGCGAAUAUAUGGUGCGCUGUCCACUGCUCUGGUAUACACAAGCUACACCAAUACGACUCCGCCUUGCUUUCGCGUGCGGCACUGGCCUUGACACUGACAUCUAUCGUGCCGCCAUGCGCACUCCUGCUCUUCUUUCCGAAGAGAGAAGUGAUCCUUCCCACCUUUGCAGCCACGGCAUGGGGUUUCUUCUUGUGCUCUUAUCAGGUUCAUGAGAAAAACGUGCUUUUACCACUCCUACCAAUGACGCUUCUGUUAGCUAGAGAGGGGGGCAUGAAGCCUGCUAUACGAGCCUGGGUCGGCUAUGCCAAUAUUCUCGCAUGCUGGACUAUGUUUCCGCUGUUGAAGAGGGACGAACUGCGCAUACCGUACUUCGUGCUAACCGGCCUCUGGGCAUAUCUUCUUGGACUACCGCCGCUCAACAUCAGCGCUUACAUGAUCUCUGGCGGAGAUGGCGGAUUGCAUAUUCCAAGCAAAGCCAUCCACAUUGGCACAUAUAUUGCAAUGGUGGCGUGGCACUUUGGUGAGGCCUUCGUACCGCCACCGGAGAACAAGCCGGAUAUAUGGGUAGUGGCAAAUGUCUGCGUCGGCGCGGCAGGAUUCGGCUUGUGCUAUUUGUGGUGUUUAUGGCAGGCAGUGCAAGUGAGUGGUCUGCUGGGACGAAAGACUGAAGUGGUGAAGAAGAUGCAGUAA